AUUUGUCAUAAAUGUCAUUUGUAAAAGCUAGUUUGUGACUGUGGUGUGGAAUAUUUUCUAAUUUCAAAUAAAAAUACAUCUAUUUCUGAGAAUCCAGAGAAAUUGACCGUCUUGGCUUACCUUUAUAUAAAUAUUUCAAGGAGCCUACAUUUUAAGUGUUUUUAGAAUAAGAAUUACAUGAUGGAUUCUGAUGGCGAAAGGGAACAACUACUCAUUGGUUCUUCUAAACCGAAUGUCCAGUGUGAUAUUGUCAAUGAGUGCCAAAUGUUUCUAAAAGCUGAAGAUGGUGGUGGAGAUGCACAUAAAAGCAUGAAUCAAAAGAUUGCUCCUGAGAAAAGUGGUCGAUCUAAUUUUAUCACUCCAACAUCAUAUGAAACAAAAGAGCCACUGUCUAAUGAUGCUGUAGCAGAAUCCAAUUCAGAAGUUGUGUCUGAUGGGAGUACAAAACAAUCUGCUGAUGCGAUGAUUACCACAGACCCCCAAACCACAGAUAAUGGUCUGCCAAAUACUGUUACAGUGCUUGAUGCACCAGAUGGAGGCAAAGUAUAUUUGGUUGGCACUGCUCAUUUUAGUUUAGAAUCACAAGAGGAUGUAUCUAAGGUGAUACAGCAUGUCUGUCCUCAUGUUGUUAUGGUAGAGCUUUGUGAACAAAGAACUAAUAUUCUAUUGUUGGACGAGGAAGUUAUAUUGAGGGAGGCUAAAAAUAUUAAUAUUUCAAAAAUUAGGGCUACAAUGGCUCAAAACGGCGUGUUCAAUGGUCUGAUGUACAUUUUGUUGCUCAAUAUGUCUGCGCACAUCACCCGGGAACUCGGCAUGGCGCCGGGUGGCGAGUUUAGACGUGCUAUGGCUGAGGCCAAGAAGAUCCGAAACUGUAUCGUCCAGUUAGGCGAUCGCGCAAUAGACAUCACUUUACACAGAGCUAUUGCGUCUCUAUCUUGGGGUCAAACGAUACGGUUUAUCUGGCAUUUGCUCACAUCCAAUCAAAAUAUUAGCUUAGAAGAGGUAGAGAGAUGCAAACAGAAGAAAAUGCUUGAGGACAUGUUGGAGGAGAUGGCGGAAGAGUUCCCGGCGCUAAAGCGUGUUUUCGUGGUUGAGAGGGACAUGUAUCUGUGUCAUUCGCUACAAAUCGCCGCCCUGCAAGCACGUCGGGAGCCCUGCAGAAUAGUGGGCGUAGUCGGAAUCGGACAUGUCGCGGGCAUUGUUGAACAUUGGGGGAAAAUUGAACCGCAGGACAUAACUCCACUGCUCAAAAUCCCCCCGCCGUCAUUAUCGACUCGCAUCAUCCGCGUGUCCGUGCGAGCGGCGUGUGCGGGCGCGGUGUUGUUUGCUGUAUACAAACUGACCCCGCGCCCCAUUGCUUGGCCUACACUCUCCCGUGGCGCCGGAGGCCUUGCUAAACUCGACCUGCCGUCCUCCGCAACUUUAUUACAAAAUAAUAAAAAUGGAACAGUUGUUCUCCUCGGGACUGUACAUUUCAGUAAACAAUCGGUGGAGGAUGUCAGUAAGAUAGUAAAACAACUAAAUCCAAAUGGAAUUCUGAUAGAGUUAUGCCGGCAGAGAGUUUCCCUAUUGGAGCUAGAUGAUCAGAAAUUCUUAGAAGAUGCUAAAAACUUAGACGCGAAGAAAAUUAAGAAUGCAGUAAAAGGGCAAGGCUUGGUUUCUGGAAUGCUUCAUGCAAUGUUACUUAAAACGUAUGCGGACAUUGCUAAAGAAUUAGGUGUUGCACCAGGGGGAGAGUUUAGACGGGCUUAUCAAGAGAUGAAGAAAAUACCGGGUUGCAAGUUGUUUCUUGGAGAUCGCCCUAUUCAGAUUACAAUAUCAAGAGCAUUUCAAUCUUUAAGUAUUAUGGAACUUGGUCAAGUUCUUUAUCAUCUCACAAAAUCAAAUCCCAAACCGUUAAAUAAAACACAAUUGGAAAAAUAUAAAAACAAAGACUACGUUCAGGCCCAAUUUGAGGAAAUAACGAAAGAAGUGCCCGCCUUCAAGAAAAUAUUUCAUGUGUUUGUUGACGAGCGCGAUAGAUGCCUAGCGUUUUCUUUGCAAGAGUGUGUUCGCACAGUUCAAGAUCCGCGAGUAUUGGCCGUGGUAGGAAUGGGUCAUGUGGAUGGCAUAAUCAAAUAUUUCGGUAAAAUGAAACAAGAGGACAUUGUGCCGUUGUUAUAGUGAGUUUUGUUUCCUCUUAAGUUAUAGUUGGAUAGGAGAAAAUCUUAGUAUGCCUUUACCUUAGAACAAUAGUCAAAUGAGAUAAAAUUUAUUAAAAGGUCAGGUAGUCAUAAAAACCAUGGGUAACAAUACCAACAUUAUUGACACUUUUUUAUAAUAUUUGUAAGGUUGGUAUUGUUUGUUUUUGUGGUUAUUGUUUGUAUUGUAUUGCAUAUAAUGACUAAUUACUCGUUGCUUUAAAGUAUGUAUGAAUAAAUGUACAAGUUUUCGAGGCAUUUAUUUUUUUG